GGCACGAGCUCGGCUCAGGGGAAGGGAUUCGCACACAGUGCACACAUACACCCACGCGAGGAGGACUGCAAAGGACCUACAGUGCAACGCAUACCGAAAGCAGAGCCGGCGGGCACUAAUUUCCAGCGUUGAACGAAAGACAUGGAGCUUUUUGAGACCAACCCUUACUUUUUCGCAGACCAGCGUUUUUAUGAAAGCGGCGAUAACUUUUUCCCCUCCAGGCUGAACGGAGGUUUCGAGCAAGCUGGAUAUCAGGACAGAAGCUCCAUGAUGGGGCUGUGUGGCGACGGAAGGUUGCUGUCAACCGGGGUGGGGAUGGAGGACAAACCAUCUCCAACUUCCAGCAUGGGUCUGUCCAUGUCACCGCAGGAGCAGCAGCACUGCCCCGGCCAGUGCCUGCCAUGGGCCUGCAAGGUGUGCAAGCGCAAAUCGGUGACGAUGGAUCGUCGGAAAGCGGCCACUAUGAGGGAGAAGAGGAGGUUGAAGAAGGUGAACGAGGCAUUUGAGGCUCUCAAGAGAAGCACGUUAAUGAAUCCCAACCAGAGGCUGCCUAAGGUUGAAAUCCUGCGCAGCGCCAUCCAGUAUAUUGAGAGACUUCAGGCUCUGGUCAGCUCUCUCAACCAGCAGGAACACGAGCAGAGCAGUCUGCACUACAGAGCCGCAGCUCCACAGAGGGUGUCCGCCACCAAUGAGCAGGGCUCUGGCAGCACCUGCUGUAGCAGUCCAGAGUGGAGCAGUACAUCCGAGCAAUGCGCCCCAUCCUACAGCUCUACCCACGAGGAUCUCUUGAACGACGACGCAGAACAGACCAACCUGAGGUCUCUGACAUCUAUUGUGGACAGCAUCACAGGAACAGACACCACCGCUGUCCCAUUUUCAGUGGACAUAAGCAAAUAAAUGAGUGACCGCAUUAUAUUCAGACCAGCUAUCCAUCGCACUAUUAUGCCCAAGGUGAAAGAAGAACCAUAAAACCUUUAUGGGAAUUCCAGAUAAAUCAUGAGGUCCAUAUGAUUAUAUUUCCAAAUGUUUCCUAUUUCUGAGGGAGUGAGAGUUUCAGAAAAGCCCAAUUUAUAUAUCUUAAGACAGAUAGGCGGAUUCCUAUUUUCAUACUCUGACCUUCUUUCUUGAUUCCUUUCCAUUUUAUUUGUGUGUGCUUUAUGCUUACCAACAAACAUUCAUUUGUGGGUCCAAUGUUUAACUCCAUGGUUUUGACCAAUUUAUGCUUAAUUUAAACUAGUUGUG